AUGCCGUCACAGCAGCACCGCAAGCGGCGGCUGCUGCUGCCGGCAGCAGCAACAACUUUGCUGCUGCUGCUGAUCUUAUCAGUUGCAACAGAGGCCCGUCGUUCUGCUCAUCAGCAGCUUCCCUUGCAGCCAUCAGAACAGCAGCAACAAGAACAGCAGCAACAGCAGCAGCAGCAGCAGCAGCAGCAGCAGCAGCGAGCCUUCAAUGUACCCGUGCCUGCUACUGAAUCCUUUGAGGAAGCAAAAGCAAUGGCUGUUGCAUUAACAGGAUCUUCUUUCCUUCAAUUAGAUAAUCAGCAGCAGCAGCAGCAGCAGCAGAUGGUGCUGCAGCCGCUGCAGCAGCACCAGCUACAGUUGCCAGUGCAGCAGCAAGUUCCUGUGCAACAGGCACAACCAGAUCUUAUGCAGAUGCAACAGCAGGUACUGCAGCAGCAGCAGCAGCAGCCCUUGAUGCUGCAGCAGCAGCAGCAACCCCUGAUGCUGCAGCAGCAGCAGCAAGGAGGGAUUGAUGCAAAUUUAGCUUUAUUACAGGCACAGAAGGCAGCAAUUGAUUUGCAGCUAGCAUCUGAAUCAGCAGCAGCAGCAGCUGCUGCUGCUGUUGCUGCAGCAGCAGGAUCUCCAUAUCCAGCAGCAGCAGCAACAACAGAAAGUAUUCCUGCUGCAGGUGUUGACGGUUUGCUGCUGUUGCAGCAGCAAGCACAGCAGCAGGAUCAGCAGAAUCAGAAUUUACAGCUGCAACUGCAGCAACAGCAGCAGCUACAGCAGCAGCUACAGCAGCAGCAGCUGCUGCAGCAGCAGCAGCACGAUGAGCCCCCUCCUGCUGCUAUAGGUCCUCUAUCUGUACCUAUUAAUUCUCCCCCUAUGCCACCGCAGCAGCAGCAGCAGCGAACAAUUCCUGCUGUUAUUCUAUCAUCAUUAAAGGGAGAGAAUAAUAAUAAUAAUAAUAAUAAUUUAGAUAAAAGAAUAAAAGAACUGCAGCAGGACCUGCAGCUGCUGCAGCAGAUGCAGGAGCAGCAGCAACAGCAGCAACAGCAACAGGAAAAGCUGCAAAAACAACUCGAGGAACUGCAGCAGCAAAAAGAUCAGCAGCAAAAAGAGCAGCAGCAAAAAGAGCAGCAGCAAAAGGAAGAAGGAAAACAAACAGACACACAAAACCAGCAGCAGCAGCAGCAGCAGCCAGAUCAACAGCAACAGCUACCGCCGCCGCCGCCGCAGCAGCAGCAGCAGCAGCAGCAGCAGUCCGGUGAAGAGUGCCAGGUCAACGUGUCUGCAUGCGGCGAUAAUGCAGCAGCAGCAGCAGCAGCAAAUGAAUACGUCAAGACUAUACAAGGUUGCAGCUGCAAGGAUGCUGUUGCAGCAUUAGUCUGCGCUGCUUGGCUUAAUAGCAGCAGCAGCAGCAGCAGCAGCAGCAGCAAGGCUGUUUCUUUCGAUGAAUCAACGUCAACAGUAACACUUAAAUUAAAGGGCGAUGCAUGCAAUGCAAUAAAUGCUGCAUGCCCUGCUGCUGCUCUUGCUGCUGCUCUUGCUGCUGCUGCACCUCCUCCUCCUCCUCCUCCUCCUCCUCCUCCUGCAUCAGUACCAACAGAACCAACAGCAAGCUCACUUAUUACGGAUUCAGCAGCAGCAGCAGCAGCAGCAGCAGCAAUGCCGUAUGCAGCAGCAGUUAGUGCUCAUGACCCAAUUACUGCUGCAGUGUUAUCUGCAGCAGCAACACCUUCCUUGCUGCAAGAAGCAGCAGCAGCAGCAGACGCAGCAGAUGCUGCAUCAACAGCAGCAGCAACAGGAGAAAGCGGUCGUGGAUCUUUUGCUGAGGUUUCUGCUAAGACACAGCAGCAGCAGCAGCAGCAGCAGCAACUACGUGCUAAUCUGCGGCUGCGGCUAGGUGCAGCAGCAGCAGCAGAAGCAAUGCAGCAAAUAAGAAGGAAGCAAAGCAUAACAGCAGCAGCAGAUGAGCUGCUGCAGGGUGUACUUAGUGCUGCUCCUGCUGCAGCAACAGCAUUUGCUUCUCGUGCUGUAGCAGCAGCAGAGCUUGCUGCUCAACUUAAUGAAGAUGCAGCAGCAGCAGCAGGAGAAACUCCUGCUGCUGCUGAUCCUGCUGUUGCUUCUGCUGCUCCUGCUGCUCCUGCUGCUCCUGCUGCAGCAGACGAAAACAAGGAAGCAGCAGCAACUCCUACAGAAGUCAAGAUUGAUGCUCCUGCUGCACCAUCAGAUACUUCUGCUGCAGCUCCUGCUGCAGCUCCUGCUGCAACUCCUGCUGCAGCUCCUGCUGCUCCUCCUGCUACUACUCCUGCUGCUGCUGCUGCUCCUGUUGCAGCAGCAGAUCAAGGCAAACAGGAAUCUCCUGUGCAGAAUGCCAAUGCAGUAGCAGCACAAUCUGCUGUUGCUGCUCUGAGUGCCUUAGCAGGAGGAGACGCAGCAGCAGCAACAGCAGCACCAGCAGCAGCAGCAGCAGCAGGACAAGAUACUUGUGCUGCAGCAGCAGCAAAACUUCCUCAAGGAUUCCCGCUGCUGUCCGGCAGCAGCAGCAACAGCAGCAAAAACAUUGUUAUCCUUAAGGAAGAAACAGACGCACUCUCUGUUAGUGUGGCGGCGCAGCAGCAGCAGCAGCAGCAGCAGGAGCAGCCGCAGCCGCCUCAGCAGCAGCCGCAGCCACCACAGCAGCAGCCGCAGCCACCACAGCAGCAGCCGCAGCAGCCUCCUCCACCUCCGCAGCAGCAGUCGCAGCAGCCGCAGCAGCAGCAGCAAGCAGACCAGCAGUCUGCUGCUGCACCUCCUACAGCGUAA